CUCCUUCUUUUUUCUCCCUCUCCGUCGCUACAUCCGCUUCUUUGUAACACUUACAUCGGUACAUUGUCAAGAUUCAACAUGAUUCGUGAUGACACUGCGAUGCAGAAUCAAAGCCUGAUUGCUGCUACUGCAGCAGUAGCAGCGGCGGCGGGCGCAAUGACCGGCAGUGCCGAUCCCACUCCACAACCUCAGCGCAAGUCUGCAGAGACGCUCAAGCGAGAGCUAAACAGUGAGAAGGUCCGUACAGAGAACCGCGAGCGCAAGAAGAGAUGGAGAGAGCAGAAUGAAGAGAGGAACAAAGAUAAUGAUUUGCGAUGCAGAGUCAACAAGCGAGCGAACAGCAAGUUUGGUAAACAUGAGAGUGAAGCCAAGACUCGGUGGAUCGAGGAGGAAUUUAGCAAGCGUCAAAUGAAGCGUAAGGAGAAGGAAAGACGGAGGAACCCUGAUGCUGUAUCUCCUCAAGAAUCGUUGAGCGCUUCUCCUAAAUCAACCAUCUUGACUGAACUGGCAAUGCAUCAACAUCAUCAGCCUCAACUCACAGCUGUUCAACAGCAGCUUCAACAACAUGUGGAUCAACAUUUCCAUGCUGCACAGCUAGCACAUCCUCACUUUGACCCGACGACUGUGAAGACAGCGCUGGCGCUGAGCGAUCUAGUCAAGAAGAACGGCAGUCAUAUUGAUUUAGCACAACUGACGGGUGUGUUGACAGAUCCUAAUCUGCAGCAGCAGUUAAACGAGAUUGAGAAACAGAAUCCAUCCUCACGAAUGCCUCCUGCAUCAACAGCAAUGAUGGUAAUGAACGCCCCCGUCAAGCCAGAGCAUGAAAUCAAGUCCGGAGGCCACAUACUUGAAGCUGACUAUCCUAUGGAUGCCGUCCUCACUCUAAUGCAGUUGAAUGGAAGCUGGAAGGCAUGAGACCGGAGCUUGAACAACAAAUAACGGAUAUGACAUACGGGAUACCUAAACACCAUCUUCACCAAUAGGCAAAUCAAUACAUCUUUUUUAUUCAUUCUUGUCUUUUUAUUCUCAACACUAUUCGUUUUUUAUUCUUCUUUUCACUCGGUCGUCUCAGAUACAUGUCUAUAGCAUUUUUUUUACGACGUAUUAUAAUUGAUUCGGAAAAAAAGAAAAAAAGUGUCCUCUACUUUUUCAUACAUCAGGAUCAUGAUUUGCAUUUCAAUCUCUUUUUCUUCGCCUCUUCUCUUUUAACAGUCUCUCUUACUCUUCUCCCUCGCAGACCUAAUUGCCCUCUCCUCUCUCUUUCUCCCCCAGCUCGCCGCCCGUAUGUUUUAGUAUUAUAGCAUAGUCUUUAUUAUUAUUAUUUUCGAAUAGAACGCAUCUUCCUUGAUAAGAAUAUAAAAGAA